CAGUGCCCGCCUCCUGCCAGUGCGAAAAAGCCUCUGUAGCUAUUUCUAUAUAUAUAUAUAUAUAUAUAUUAAAGAAAAGAGGGGGGUAAAAAAAAAACCAACCUUACACUGAAUAGACCCUUUCUUAAACAGAAACUCCUGGCAAUCCUCUCUCUCCUUUAAGCCAUUUCCUGAGUCUCAGAAUAGGAGGGAGCUGCCUGCGGGCUGACGUUUGGACACAGGCGGCUCGCUUUGAUUUUUCUUCUUCUCUGGUUUUUUUUUUUUUUUUUUUUUCUGGUUUUGGGGGGGGGGGUUUGGGGUUUCCUCCAAAACCUAAGCCCCUGCCCGUCGGAAGCUGGAUGUGAGCCGGGCCCCUGGGGAGGGGGCGCUGCCUCCCGCGCACCUGGGUGCUUGCCACCCAGCCCGGCCGUCCCGGGCUACCUGCCCGUCGCAGGGGACGCGGCUGGGUGGUCUGCGGCCCCGGGAUCUUUCCAGCUGGAGGUUUUGCUUUUGUGCUUGUCUUGGUUUUUUGCACGGGAGGAUGGGCUGGAGGUGGCUGGGCGCCCUGCUGCUGCUCCCGGUGCAGCUGCUGUGGCUGGCGGGGAAGGCGGCGGCGUGCCUGGUGCUGCCGCCCCGGCUGCGGGACCUGUCCCGGGAGAGCGUGCUCAUCACCGGCGGGGGCAGAGGCAUCGGCCGCCACCUGGCCACGGAGUUUGCCAAGCGAGGAGCCAGAAAGAUCAUCCUGUGGGGUCGAACGGAGAAGUGCCUGAAGGAAACCACAGAGGAGAUCAGGACAAUGGGAACAGAGUGCCAUUACUUCAUUUGCGAUGUGGGAAACAGAGAGGAGGUCUAUCAGCAAGCCAAAGCUGUCCGAGAAAAGGUGGGUGAUAUCACCAUCCUCGUGAACAAUGCUGCCGUGGUUCACGGAAAGAGCCUGAUGGACAGCGACGACGACGCGCUACUCAAAUCCCAACACAUAAACACCCUGGGACAGUUCUGGACCACCAAGGCUUUCCUGCCCCGGAUGCUGGAGCUGCAGAACGGACACAUCGUUUGCUUGAAUUCUGUCUUGGCCUUGUCAGCCAUCCCUGGGGCCAUCGACUACUGCACCUCCAAAGCGUCGUCCUUUGCCUUCAUGGAGAGCUUGACCUUGGGGCUGCUUGACUGCCCCGGAGUGAAUGCUACCACAGUGCUGCCUUUCCACACCAGCACAGAGAUGUUUCAAGGCAUGAGAAUCAGGUUUCCCAAAUUAUUCCCUCCUCUAAAGCCAGAGACAGUGGCCAGGAGGACAGUGGAAGCCGUUCAGAUGAACCAAGCCCUGCUUCUCCUGCCUUGGACAAUGAACAUCCUUGUCAUCUUGAAAAGCAUUCUCCCGCAGUCGGCACUUGAAGAAAUCCACAAGUUUUCUGGAAGCUACACCUGCAUGAACACUUUUAAAGGGCGAACAUAGACCUGGUGACGCAAAGACUCUUUCUGCAGUCAAGCCAACACAAGCAGCAAAAUCCUGACAAGAUUGUGAAUCAGCCGUCUUGGCUGUUAGCCUGUCCUGUCCGCGUGACUUGUGCAGCUCUGAGGCAACACAUUUCUUGCAGGCCAUACCCAUAACAACACGACCUUUGCACAGGACUGAAUGGCUAAACUAUGGACUCCUGGAAGGAGAAACAAAAAAAAGCGUGAAAUGUUUAUGCAAUGUCUAAUUCUGUAGAAUCUGAUUGUUAAAUCUGCUCCUAGGUUUAGGAUUGAAUUGCUGUUUCCAUAAGACCCAGAGACUGCUCCGACCCGGGCGCAGCACUUCUCGCCCCAUCCUUCCCCCACUCUGCUCACAGAAACCGGAAGAACAAUGGGGAUUGAUUUCAGGAAUGGGAGUUUUAAAAAUUACCGUAAAGGGGCAGUAGCUAAGACUUUUUAUGGAGACUUUGCCUUUCCCCUUCCUCACUGCAUUGGAUGGCUGGUGCUUUCGAACUAUCGAAGCAGCUUGUUCGCCUGACAGCUGAUCCUUCCCCGAAGGGCCACUAAGGAAGCUCCUGUGCGCGAAAGGACUGUUCCCGUCUAGCCAAGGUCUGCGCACGUUGAAAGGCUGAAGGGGGAAACCCAGAAUGAGGAGUAGCUAGGUAUAGCAUUUGGAAAGGACAGUCUUAAUAAGGCAAGGUCCCUUCAGCCACUAAAAUCCUAUGCAGAAUGUAACUGUUGUGUCUGAAUACUUUUGUUCAUUUAUGGUGAAAUAUAAUUUCCUUUUAGCAUUAAUCCCUGAUGUCCAGUCAUUGAGCCAGCGUUGGGUUGGAAAUUAGUUAACCUUAUCCCAACACUUGCUCACACAGUUCGUUCUUACAGUAAAUCCAACAGAUCGGUGUGCACAGUGAAAUAAGUGGACACGGGGAGGUGAGAGCCACUUUCAGCCAGGGCCUGAUCAAACACACGUGGGAGUCAACUAAAUGUUUUCUGCUGAUCUAUAGGGGAGUUUGAUUGGGUCCUAGAUGAGCCAAAAGAGGAAGAAUUCAACAGUGAAUUCAAGAGGAAGAAUUCACAGUCCUGUUGUGACUCAAGUGUCACAGCUCAACUAAAUAUACAGUGUCAGUAUGUAUAUAUAUUCUUAUAAUACAGUCUCAUUAACUAUCCAGCACAGGCCCAUGCCAGAUCCAAUGUGCAACACAACACAGUGACGUAUAUUCAAUAACGUGACAAAAAAAAAAAAAAGAGAAGAAUUUGUCAGACCUGCAGCAGACAUGAUACAAAUGCACCCCAAAUACAGCUCUCUUAAGGGGAGUUUCGUGGUGAAAGCGCAACGAUAAGCAGUUGAACUCCUGAGGCCUCUGUACAGCUUUUUCAUGUGACCUGGGACGAGCCUCUUAACGUCACUGUAUUUCAGCUCGCUGAUCUGCAAAGCAAGGUGGCUAAUGUACUCGACCGGGUGGUUGUAAGCCCGAACGCCUUACUGCACGUCAACUACUCUGCAAGCCUCAGGUGGAUGGCAAUAUGAAAGGGCGACUUAAUUCUACAAUUUGUUUGCAACCUGAAAGGCUGGAUUCAAUACGAGAGAGAGGAAAGGCAGAAACCACCCUAUGAAACAGCAACUUCUAGGAACGAUCCGAGUUCGGUCGGAAAUGUUGGAAGGGCAUCUUAUCCCUGCGUUUGGAUGCUCUCUCGGUUCUGCUGUGUAGACGGGAGCCCAGAUUGGGCAAAAGGCACUUGCCAAUCCCAAGGCCUGAUCCUUGCCUUGUGUAAAUCAGCAGAGAUCUAUCAAUGGGUGCACUGCGCCUCCUCUGUAGGAGGUAGAUCUCUGCAGACGCGCCUGCGCUUGGGGAGCGCUAUCGGCACGAUGGUUUCCAAACUCCCUGCUCGUGGAGAUUAACCUGGGACUGUAUUUUCCUCCUGAAGCCAAGGGUGCAAGCUUGAGCACGGCAUCUGCUUUGAAAAGGCUUCUCACCGCAGGGUUUUGUUUCGAUUGUGUGGAGAGCCCAGGUGUUUUGGAAGUGCAUUUGGUCUCUGAGACCGGACAGGCCAUCCUGAUGAGUUGUCCCCGGUUAAUUUUGAGAAGCAAUACUAUUAUUGAAAGCUCGACUAAACACAUGGGCAACACUAUAUUGGGCCCUGUCAGGCAUACAAAGGGUACAAGUCUGCAUCAAGAGCUAGGUCAGGGGUGGGCAAAAUGUGGCCCGGGGGCCGGGUUGUGGCCCGCCAAGCCAUUCUAUCUGGCAUACGGGGCCCCUAAAAAAUUUAGAAAAUUAAUAUUACUCUGCCCUGGGCUACCUGUCAUGUGGCCCACGAUGGCUUGCCGAAACUCAGUAAGCGGUCCUCUGCCCAAAAUAAUUGCCCGCCCCUGAGCUAGGUGGAGGGAGGGGGUAGAGAAUCUGCCUGUCUACCGCCCCCCCUUACACCCUCUAAUCCUCUGUAUUUUCUCAUUAUCCAUGACCAGGCAGGCCAGCACUGCAGCUGCAAGAGCAAACAGCAUUGGUGAAAAAGGGCACCCCUGCUGGGCACCUCCCCUUAAAUUAAAACUUUGGGUUGAGGGUCUAUUAAUUAGUGACAUGCCAAUUCAAAAGAGAAGGGAAAAGCAGCAUUCUGCUGACCGAAACGAGCCCCCUUUCAGCCCACCCAAAAGGACCCGCUUCUUUCCUGCACAGAAUAAAAAAGUCUUUCCUUGUCCAAAGAGGCUGCUUUCUGCA